UCUCGCUCUCUCGGAGUGAAGAGGGAGGGAAAUCAGCCCAGUAAAGAGAAUGAAAAUACAGUGAGGGGUGAGAAAGUCUGAUUGUGUCACAUAGAGAAGAUAGGUACAUAAACACACAUAGGAGGACUGAGCAAGAAGACAGAGAGAGGGAAAGUCGGAGUAAGUGAGUGAGUGAAGCACAGAGAGAGAGAGCAGCAGGAGAGGUAAAGUGUGACGGAGAAGGAGAAGGAGAAAGACAAACUGUUAGGGGGUUUGCUGCUGCUGUGCUGGGAUCAUGUCUCUUCAAGGCAAGGUGGCUCUUGUGACAGGGGGGGCUCAGGGCAUCGGCAGAGCCGUGGUCCAAUCACUGCUACACAGCUUAGCCAAGGUAACUGUGGUCGAUCUGAACAAGAUCUGUGGUGAAGAGUGCAAGACACAUCUGGAUGCAGAGUUUGGAGAGGGCAACUGCACCUUUAUUCAGUGUGAUGUGUCUGAUGGAGAUUCACUGAAAGAUGCCUUCCAGAGAACUGUGGACCAGUUUGGUCGUCUGGACAUCGUUAUCAAUAAUGCUGGCAUUAACAAUGAAAAGAACUGGGAGAAGACCAUACAAGUCAACUUGACAUCUGUAAUAAAGGGAACCUACUUGGCACUGGAACACAUGAGUAAAGAGUAUGGCAACGAAGGAGGCACCAUUAUAAAUGUAUCCUCUAUGGCAGCCUUCCUCCAUUCUCCUCAUCAGCCUGUCUACACUGCUACCAAACAUGGAGUCAUCGGGUUUACAAGAGCUAUGGCAGACGCAUCCAAUCAGGGUAACUACGGUGUUCGUAUCAACGUCCUGUGUCCAGCUUUCGUCGACACGCCUCUGCUGCACUCUGUGGAACAUGAGGACAACAUGGGCAAGUUUGUCAAGUUCAAGGAUGAUUUCAAACGCAGCAUGCACAAGUUUGGAGUUUUACAGCCUUCACUGAUAGCAGAGGGAAUGAUGAAGUUGAUCAUGGACUCCAGUCUGAAUGGAGCAGUGAUGAAGAUCACCUGCUCCAAGGGAAUCCACUUCCACACCUAUGAACCAAUGUCUGCUUGAGCCUGGAGAAAUACUGGACUCCAUGCUGCUGCUAAAGGAACAGUGCAGCGCUUUAAUCUGUCUCACUAUAACACACUGACUCAUGACACCUGGCUGCUGUUGGGGUUAACAUCUGAACCACAUCUGACCAGCAUUUUAAUUUUGAUCAUCUAAGAACUAUUUUUAAUAUUUCCAUAAUUAUCGGAAUUAAAUUCCGUCUUUGGCAAACCAAACAUAUAGAUGAGCCUCUUUCGGUUCGGUUUAGUCAUUCAUAGUCAUUCACCUCAGACGUGACUUUACUGUAAGAGUUGUAGCUGAUUUGAUAGAUUUGUUUAAAAACUCAUAUGUGUGUGUGUGUCUAUGGUUACACGUUGUUCUCAUUUACACAAUUAGGCAAUUCAGCAUCAGCUAUACUGGUAUUUGAAAGUAGAGCAGCUUAUUACUGCCUCACAGGCCCUGACCCCUAGUGGGAGGUCCGAAUUAACACACAUCACGCACACUGAGACACCAAACCAGCGUAUUAAGAUUUACACACUGAAGGCUUAUUUGCUAAAGUUUAUAGGUACAGUUUUGAUUGUUGGCUGAAAUGGAGAGAUGAUAAUGUAACCAUUUUAAUACAGAUGUUCUCUAAAUGCCAGAGUCGCAAUUCAUUGCACACUUCACAUAUAAAAGCUAACAAAGUAAUAAACUUCAUAUUCUACAAACAUUGCCAGUACUUUAAUGUGCUCAGUACUAUAUACAUAUACUUUUACGACUGUGAUUUACCAAAGAGGUCGGUGCAAGUUGAACCUUUAGCAAUGACACCAGAGGAAAGCUUAUUAUCGUUCAUCCUCUGAGGACCAUGUCCAUCCAUUUCAUAUUUCAUGUUGAUCUGGUCACAGUUUGGACAGAUUUUUAUGAUUAAUCUGAACUCUGCUGGUAGGACGUACCUAUCAUAUACAUACUUCUAUUAGAUAUUUCCUUAAGAUUCUACAAAUUUUACAUUAACCUUCAUAAACUUUGAAUUACAUUAUUACAUUCUGGUUUGGACAAUACAUUGAUGAUUCAGGAGUGAAUUUGAAUAUACAGUAUACCAUGUCUUUAUUACUAAAAAUAUUAAUUGCAAUAUUUUUAAAUCCUGAAAUAAAAGAUAAACUGUAGCUUGUUUUGCUGCUGCUGUCCUUAGUAAAAACACAUUAAUCUCCCAUUUAAGAGCAAGUCUAUGAUAUCCUCAGAUCUGUGUGUUAAACUGUGUAAAGGAAAAUUCGACUGACCAGGUGUCUCACAGAGGAGGAUUUCAUAUCUUUUUCAAAUAAAGUUUUAUGAAGCA